UCUGAUGAAUUGAAUGUGUUGUUGAGUGAUGUGAUGGCGUGAAUAAAAUAUUUUUUUCGUUUACAAAUUGAUUUGUUUCAUUAUCACUGAAAAUUAGAUGUCAAAUAAAAACAUGUGAGCUAACAAUACUGAUCGAUUGUUAAUGAGAGUCCAGUGCUAGUGUACAAUGCUGAGACAAAACCUUCGCGCAGUCUGUAAGAGAAAGUGUCUCUAAUAGUAAAUAACGGGUCGAUAGAAAUAUGUCUGUCUCUGAUUUAUCUGUUGGAUGUCGUUUUGCCGAUUAUUUUGCGAUUUGCGGCCUCGACUUUGACUCUGGAUUGGAGCCUGAUAGACUUUGCGGUGAUAAUUUACAUGUAUCUCCUUUGGAUCGUUCCUAUAAAGGCAAAAUCCUAGCCCACUACCCUGAGAACAUAACAAGUAAUCCAUUUGAUGAACAUGCAGUUUGUAUGCUUUGUCUACCAGCUGGCCUUCAAUUUAGAACACAAAAACAUUCUUUAGAGCCCAAGUUUCACAGCUUUGUAGUAACCAGAGAGAAUGCAUCUCGAUACUAUGGAUUCAGUCUUAUUUUUUAUGAAGAAGUUAGGAACAGAAACAUCUGCAGUGCCAUGCAUACAUUACAGGCAAUGUAUAUCACAGAAUUAUCUAGUGGCCAGACUCCUCCUGGCCACAGAAAAGCUUCAGGCAAGGAAAGCUCCCGGUCACUUCCAAGAUCUUUCAAACUCACACCUCAUAGUGGUGCCGCACUGACAUAUUAUGAUAUUGCCAAAGACAAACUAUAUGUCGCCAAAAGUAUAGCACUUAUAUGUCAAUAUCCAUAUGUGAGAGUAGCACAGUUGUUUUUAGAAAAUUUAUUCAGAUCUCUCCCAAGGCAGCCUGGCCCAGGCCUCAGUCCUGAGUCUUAUGUUUAUAAUUUAUUAUAUGAAGUACCUGUGCCACUUCCUGGUCAAGCUUUACGACUAUAUGUGCCUCCCUCUGAACCUCAUUUGGAUCCAAUUCCUGUUGUGAUAAGAAUGCCAAAUCUCCCUGAAGAGUUACCUCUUUUGGAUUAUCCACUACGAGUUAUGUUUUCUACAUUAGGAGUUGAAUGUGUUGUACAACUUUUUACUUGUGUUCUAUUAGAACACCAAGUUUUACUCAGAUCAAGUGAUUACAAUAAACUAAUGUUGGUAGCUGAAUGCAUAGUAUCUCUGCUAUUGCCGUUUACAUGGGCGCACGUGUAUGUGCCAAUACUGCCGGCCCCACUCUACCACUUCCUCGACGCGCCAGUGCCAUUCGUCAUGGGUCUCCAUGCGGAAAGUGGGGCAAUGAAUAUGGGACCAAAUGGUCCCCGAAGUAUCGCGCUCGGCUCUGAGGCAGCUCUUUGUUUAGUUGAUAUUGAUAAACCUGACAUACAAUUACCGGAAGAAUUGCCUAUAUUCCCGCAUAGGACACCGUUUAUUGAAGAACUCAAUCAUGUUUUAGAUAAACAUCAGAUUCAAAGACCUGAAACUGAACCUACGAAGCUUGGUGUGCCUAUAAAUGGAACUUCAUACAAACAUAUGGGCGACAGUAUGAGCAGCAGUUGUACUUUGCCAUCAGGUGGACUACGUCGGAAACACUCAUUCCACGAUGUACUAGAAUGGGAAGAAAGCAGGCCGCUCAAUGCAUCGCCUCCUGCUUCGCCAACGCGUCGUGCGCCACUCCGAAUGGAUGCUCUGCAACGAAUUGUAGACAUCGUCAAACGCAGUGGUGUUAACAUCGAUGACGUGGAUGCGGAUACAGUAAUGCCAACGACAAAGAAGAAAAUUCUUAAUGAUGAGGAACAAUAUAAUGAAGACAUAAGGUUCAAUGUUGCUAUCAGAGAAACAUUCCUUAAUAGAUUUGUGCACAUAUUUCUCAUGUACGAGAAUUUUGUUAUUAUGCCUGAUCAGGAUCGUGAAUCUUGGCUGUCAUCCCGUGAAUCAAUGGUCAACUUUGAUAAAGCAUCGUUCCUCUCGGACCAACCGCAGCGUCACAGGCCUUUCCUCUCGCGAUUCCUCGAGACACAAAUGUUCGCUACGCUGAUCGAUAACAAGAUUAUGGGCAACUGGGGAGAAUAUGAUGCCAACCUACAAGUCUUCGAACACCGGAUCAAGACUGUCAGACGGCGCAUAGGCGAGGGCGGGCUGGGCACGCGCGGGUACUGCGUGUGGGCGGGCGGCGCGGGCGGCGCGGGCGCGGCCGCCGAGCUGGAGGUGGGCGCGCCGGCCGAGCGCCUGCCGCACCGCGCCGCGUACUACCGCGCCUUCCCCGCGCGCCUGGACGCGCACGCUCUCACGCGCCCGCCCGCGCCCGACACCAGGACCAACAGUUUGAAACGUAUAAAGAAUGCGAAAUGGCAAGUGAAGGAUUGUCCGCCGGAGUUGUUGCUAGGGGACAUCAGUAGAAGGCUGUCUACAGAAGUGACGCCAGCAGCUAUUGCUCAGAACAACAGAGCCUUUGUAGAGAAGCUUCUGAAGGAAUGCAAAAGUAAAACGAAGAGGAUGCUUGUGGAAAAGAUGGGUACUGAAGAAUCUGAUCUAGGUUUGGGUUGUGAGGUAUCUAUAACUGGGGUCGAAGAGAGUACUAUGAUAGCUUCACUAUGCGACCUUUUGGAACGGUUGUGGUCGCAUGGUUUGCAACACAAGAUGGGCAAGUCAGCACUUUGGAUGCAUCUUACUAAUUACCAAGAGUUAGAGCAGUGCAGCAAUUCCACCAAGCCCAUCGAUCCUAACUACCUUACUCCCGAUCUAUCGUCUGUGGGUGCUGAAGUAGAAGCCCAUCAGAGUACAAGUUCUGGAAGUCGGUCCCGAGAUAGUUCGCGAGGAGGAUCACGCGAUAGUUCCCGGGAUCGUCUCAGUAACUCCGGGACUUUGGAAAGAAAGUCAUCUCAACCUCCCAACCCUUUACGUCCGUUGCCAGAAAGUUUGACAUUCGAUAUGAGAAAUGUGCAAGCGAUGACAGACAUCAAAACAGAAAUAGGGUACGCUCGCGCUUGGGUGCGACUUUCCUUAGAGAAGAAAUUACUUUCCAAACAUCUUCGAGAACUGUUAGCUGACACUACGCUACUACGGUCUCAGUACAAACGGACGGCUUUUCUUCGCUCGGAGGAAGAAAGGGAACAGUUCCUUUAUCAUCUCCUCACUUUAAAUGCAGUGGAUUAUUUCUGCUUCACCAAUACUUAUCCCACCACAAAACUCCCGUAUCGAGUCCUCAUCGUGCCAUCUCGUAAAGCGAGCCAGACAACCGCUAACUGUUGGAUCUCAAUAUCAGGAGCCAAUGGCGAAUCUACGCCUAAAAUACCUAUACCACGUAACACUAACGAAUUUGUUUUCCAUCAUAAAAACCUGGGAAUUUUAUCAACGUUGCGCAUUGGACACGACAACUCCGGACUUUCUCCGCGAUGGCUACUUGAUCAAGUCUACGUGAGGAAUGAAGUUACUGGUCAUACUUACACGUUCCCGUGCAACCGCUGGCUGGGCACGGGCGUGGACGACGGGUCCACGGAGCGCCUGCUGGUGGCGGCGCGCGUCCGCGCCGGGGCCACGCCGCGCGCCGCCCUGCCGCCCGCGCCCGCCGCCACGCCCACCACCACGCACCUGUCCACGUCCACCAUCCAGCACAUGAUCGGUGACUGUGUAAAUGCGAUAGUAAAGUGGCACUAUCAGUCGAAGAGAGAAAAGGACGCAAACUCACUCAGUGUUCUGCUUUGUGGAGAAAACGGACUAGUUAAAUGCUUGGAACAAGCUUUCCUAUGUGGAUUCAAGUCUGUGAGACUCUUUGGAAAGAACCUUUUCAUUUGGGAUUAUUUUGCUAAGGUGAAAGACGAAUUCAAAAUGAGUCUAUGUGAUGAGCCAACAUCACAGAACAACAAGAGCUGUGGCAUGGCGUACAACUGCCGACAGGACCAGGAACACAGAGCCAUCUGGAGAUGUUACUGCCAUCUCAUGGACGAGAUCAAUUCCGUCGGCCGCACUCUCGGCAAAGACGGGAAAUUCCAACUUUUCAUAUGCCUCAGUUUACGUGAGCACUGGCUACAUCGAAUGCUCGUACCAAUGUCAAUGACGCGCGUUACCAUCGAGAUGUACGAGGAACAGAGUUUCCUGCGCAAACGCGGUCUCCUUACAUUCCUCAGGCAAAUACUCGAGCCAUUGGAUGAAUUCGAUAUUGUACUUGAACAUUCUCUCACGCAAGGCAUUUAAAUUCAUUCAUAUUGUUAAGUACAUUAUUUUAAAACUCGUGGUUAAACCAGUUUUAAUGGAAUCAUUCAAUGAACCAUCAAUUUACCACUACAAAAUAUAUUUUUAUAUGUAAACACAAAUACUCACUAAUCUGUUAUCUUUAUUUGAUAUUAGCAAUCAGGGUCUGAUUAUUUUGUAGUUUUAUUGUUAAGUUUAAAUGUGAUUAUUAUUUCUGUUAACUUGCCAGAUCAAUCCAAAGAUUUUAUUUUUUUAUAGAACGGUGCUUAUGUAUAAGUUCUUAUUAGUAGUAAAUUUAUUUUUAUAUCUAACGUAACUAUUAUAGAAUACUCAGGUUCGGGUUAGAACGAGCAAUUCUGAUGAAUUACAUUGUGCAAUGUUAAUUUGCUAAUAAACUUUUGUCUUUUUUUAGUUGCACAUACAAUAUACAAUUUAAUAUUUGUGAAUGAUGUAGAGUUUGCUGCAUAUUUAGCAAUACUGGUCAACCUUAUUACAGUAACUCAUUAUGUGUACUCUGAACAUGUUGCAAUGGGCAUAUUGUUAGUUUUGCUGAGUAUGUUCAGAAGUGGGUUGAAUGUGAGUCAGUGUGAGCUUUAUCUAUCUUCUUUUACGUAAUUUAAGAAGAAAGUAUGUGAGGUCUUGGUAUGAGUUUGUUUUACGAGUAAUCGAAUCGAGACCGCGUUCGGCGCUCUGAUUGGCCGGCUCCUUUGGACCAACUAAUGAUAGCGUGGAAUGCGGUCUCGUUUCGAUUACUUUCAAAGUACUGAGGCCUCUGUAAUACGGUGUUAAAGUUUAUUCUUCUAUAUCAAUCGCUCUUCAGGUAUAUAUUAAAGCACACAAUAAACUAUCCACCGCAUAAUUUUAACUAUGAUUGAUACUUCGUAUGUGAUUAAGUUAGAUGUAAGUUAAACCGUUUUGUAAUGUGUGAAUUUUCUAAGUCGAAUCUACAUAGCUAAAAAUGGUUAAACAAUAAUAAUUUGUAAGUUAUAGCUACAUAAUAUUAUAUCAAAUUAUCAAUUAUAUCAUACAUUUGCGGCUAGUGGAUUCGACAGAGAUCUCGAAAUAUCUAGAUAUUAGUGUGUACCCCAUUAUUAUGUCCUUUAUUUCUUAAUGCUCUUUUUGUUUUAUAAUUAGCUACAAAACUUUAUUCGUAACAAGAGUUGCAUAGACAUUCUGUGUAAUGUGAAUUGUCUCUAAAUCAGGAUAUACUGAUAAAUAGUGGGUGAUCUAUCAAACUUAAAUGAUAAAUGAUGAUUAUCAUAAUGCUUAUAUGUUUUAUCAUCGUUAUCAAUGUUCAAUUUUAAUAAGUGUUAGUUGGCUAUACUGUAAUAUCACUAACAUCGGCUUUCAUCCUCGUUAGGCAGCUUCGUUUAUUUUAUCCUCAAGCUUAAAUUUCCGUUUUGGUUUUCAGAAGCUCUCUUCUAUGUUAGUGUCAAAAUUUAUUAAGAAUAAUUAAAUGAUAUUAUAUAUAUUAUGUAAAUCAUUCGUCCGGUAUAAAAGAUAUAUUUCUUAAAUCUUGAACCUAGUUAAUAUAGAUGUUGUGCACUGUAUAUGAAGCAUAAAAAUUUCGACUCAAUUGUAAUAAUUAUGUUAAGUUUUGCUCUCUUUUAAUGGUUGUUUGUAGUUCCUGCCGUCCUGCAUAUUAUCAGUAUAAUAUUAUGCUCCUUAACUUUUACCAUAUCGCAUUACUACUAAUUAGUACAAUGAUGCAUUUUAUGUAUUAUGUUUUAGUCUACAUUCAUUAAAACUCAUGCACUGAAAUUUGUGCCAAACAACUAUUCAGUAGUGAUAAAAAUGUUCGUUUUUAUUAUUCUUUACCGUAUUUUAGUCUUACAUUGUCACUUACAAAACAAAUCCAUUGCAGAUGCAUGUGAAAGUCUGACCGUAUUUUGCGAUCACGUAUCUAUUGUAUGUGUAUAUUAGGCAUAGAAAACUGUAGUCAAACAAGAUCUUACAAAAAUAUCAUUCUGGAAAAAUUUAAAUAAAAUAAACAACCUAUUUUAUUGUGUACAAAGUUAACACUUUGCGCUCAGUGCAUUACAAAAUUAAUGAAUGGCAUGAAAUAAUAUGCUGUUGAAGCAUCCCAUUCAUUUACAAUAUAUG